AGUACUCCUUGCCUUAACCCCCCAUAUGCGGCGCAGAUGCUGGGUCACAGCAUCUUUUUUCUCUUUAUUUGAAACCCAGGGGCAGAGUUUCUGGUUUGUAUGCUCGAUAUUUAUAUUGAUAAAUUAAACUCAGUUAUUUUCACUUAAAAUUAUUACUAUAAAAGUUAGAACUCAUAAAGUUUAAAAUUUUAGCUUCGUCUUUGGUUAACACAUAUCAAUGCGAUAACCAGAAAACAAAUUAACUCGGUAAGCUAAAUAACUCUCCUUAGGACUCGCAAACAAAUAUUUCAGUGUUAAUCAGGGAAUCCAAAGUCUUCAUUUUUUCAGCAGCCAUUGUGUGUGUAUAUAUAUAUAGAGAGAGAGAGGUGUUACACAAUCAAUCUACUUCUCUGUUUUUCACUCCAACUGAUGGCUGAUGAAGAAUCAAACUCCAAUAUCAUCGAUUCUUCGCAGUCAUCAGAAGAAAAGGAUGAUGCUCUAAUAAACGAGCUGCCAAGUGCUCUGUUUUGGGAUGCUAUGGAGAUUAGAAAAUGGAAAGAGUUCUGGUUCGAGCCCGGCCUAAUCAAAUGUGCUAUGAAAUUUAGUUCCUCCUUCCAAGCUGGGAGUGACGAUGUUUUAUUAGCAUCAGCUCCAAAGACCGGUACGACUUGGCUCAAAGCCCUUUGUCUCUGUAUCUUGCACCAGAAUCAUAACAUCCCCGAAAAUGAAGAUCUGUUAACUAAAGACAAUCCACAAUUUCAUGUUCAGACCAUUGAAUCCUCCAUUUACUCCACAAAACCAACUCCUGAUCUGUAUUCCACGCCAUCUCCAAGACUUAUCCACACACAUUUGCCUUUCCAUUUCCUUCCAAAUUCCAUCAUCAAUUCCAACUGCAAAAUUGUUUGCGUAGCCCGAAACCCAAAGGACACAUUGGUCUCUCUAUGGCAUUUUUUCAAUUCCAUUUUCAGGGGAAAUCAAGAACCUUAUCCCCUGGAAAAGGCGGUUGACGAGUUCUGCACAGGGGUUCAUCAAUACGGUCCGUAUUUUGAAAAUGUAUUGGGUUAUUGGUUAGAAAGUCAGAAGAGGCCUGAGAAGAUGCUGUUCUUGAAAUACGAAGAGAUGAUAAAGGACCCGAAAGAACAGGUGAGGAAAUUGGGAUUGUUUCUGGGGAAGCCAUUUGAGAAGGAAGAGGAUUUGGAAAAAGUUGUGUGGAGGUGUAGUUUAGAGAGAUUGAGGAACUUGGAAGUGAAUAAAAAUGGCUCUGUUAUUUACGGCGUUCCGAAUGGUAGUUAUUUCAGGAAAGGGAUUGUUGGCGAUUGGAAGAAUUACUUGAAUCCUGAAAUGGAAGAUCGAAUUAAUCAAACAACACAUCUCAAGUUUAAAGACUUUGGAUUAGAGUUUGAGACUUGAUAUCCCUUUCUUUGUUUUUUCAUUCAUUUCUUUAUAGUUGUUCAUAAAUACACGCGGAAGAAAAGAACGUAACUCUUUGGUGUCAUAAGUUACCUUUCUAUCUUCCUCGCGUCAGGCGUUCCCAAAGGGAUGCUAGUUAAAGAGUAGGUCCCUAUUAAUGGGGUUCUAUGCUCUUGUGAGUUGUAUUUGGUUUUUCAAUUUUGUAGCUCGUUAUAAGUACUUGCUUCUAUUUCUCUUUA